UUUCAAACGUGGGCUGUGCAUUUUACCAUGUGCAAAAAUGGAUCUGUACCAUCUAUGAAAAAAUGCAAAACAACUUGAUAAAACCAACGAAUUACGACAACAAAAAUACAGAAUAAAAUUAGAAAGAAACCCGAUUAUUAAGUGAAGCAGCACAGAAAAUAACUGUAUUCAGUGUAAAUAUCUGGAUUAGUGUGUGCUCUCAUUAGGUUUCGUUUUCCCGAAAGCACACUCGCCUAGACAAGUUAGGGGAAUCGGCUCAAAGCCGCUCUUCACUUUCGGAACAAGAAAGCUCGGAGCAGCAUCACUUGAAGAACAGCUACAUGACAAACUCAACAGAAGAUCAGCUGGAUAAAAUGGGUAGCACCCUAAACCAGCACUAUGAAGAGAAGGUGCGUCCUUGUAUUGACCUGAUCGAUUCCCUGCGCUCCCUGGGGGUGGAGAAGGACCUGGCUCUGCCCGCCAUCGCUGUGAUCGGAGACCAAAGCUCCGGCAAGAGCUCCGUACUGGAGGCCCUGUCUGGGGUGGCACUGCCCAGGGGGAGUGGUAUUGUGACGAGAUGUCCUCUGGAGUUGAAGAUGAAGAGGUUGAAAGAGGACGAGGCAUGGCAUGGCAAAAUCAGCUACAAUGGCAAAGAAGAGGAGAUGUAUGAUCCUGCUGAUGUGGAGAAAAUGAUCAGAGAAGCUCAAGACGAGAUGGCGGGAGUCGGGGUGGGGAUCAGUGAUGACCUCAUCAGCCUGGAGAUCUCUUCCCCUGGUGUCCCUGACCUCACGCUCAUCGACCUGCCAGGCAUCGCCAGGGUUGCCGUCAAGGGCCAGCCUGAGAACAUUGGGGAGCAAAUCAAGAGACUGAUCAGGAAGUUCAUCACAAAGCAGGAGACCAUAAAUUUGGUGGUGGUGCCCUGCAAUGUUGACAUAGCAACAACCGAGGCCCUGCAGAUGGCACAGGAAGUGGACCCUGAGGGAGACAGGACUCUGGGUAUCUUGACCAAGCCAGAUCUGGUCGACAAGGGCACAGAAGAAGCAGUAGUGGACAUUGUCCACAAUGAGGUCAUCCAUUUGACUAAGGGUUACAUGAUCGUGAAGUGCCGGGGUCAGAAGGACAUCAUCGACAGGGUAUCCCUGAGCGAGGCAACUGACAAGGAGACGGCCUUCUUCCAAGACCACGCCCAUUUCAGUACCCUGUUGGAUGAAGGCUUUGCCACCAUCCCCAAGUUAGCAGAGAAACUGACUUUGGAGCUGGUGCACCACAUUGAGAAAUCGCUGCCUAGGUUAGAGGAGCAGAUCGAGGCUAAGGUGGCAGAGACCCAAGCAGAUUUGGAGAGGUACGGGGAUGGACCUCCCACAGAGCCUGCAGAGAGGAUGUAUUUCCUGAUCAAUAAAGUGGCAGCAUUCAAUCGGGACAUCAUCAACCUGACCAUUGGGGAGGAGCUGAAGAAUGGGUACAAGCUCAAUCUCUUCUCUGACCUGAGGGCUGAGUUUGGAGAGUGGAAGGCACAGCUCGACGUUUCUGGACACAGCUUUCAAAAGCAGGUUGAUGAGGAAGUGAAUGACUUUGAGGCCAAUUACCGUGGGAGGGAGCUUCCUGGCUUCAUCAACUACAAGACCUUUGAGGUUCUGGUGAAAGACCAGCUCAAAAAGCUGGAAGAGCCUGCUGUGAAGAAACUGAAGAGGGUCACAGACAUUGUGAGAAAGGGAUUUGUGCAGAUGGCGCAAAACCAUUUUAACGGGUUCCCAAAUCUGCUCAAAUCUGUCAAGGCCAAAAUAGAAGCCAUCAAGCUGGACAGAGAGUCCAGUGCAGAGUCCAUGCUGAGGACCCAGUUCAGGAUGGAGCUGAUCGUCUACACCCAGGACAGCACCUACAGCCACAGCCUGGAUGAAGAGAAACCCAGCACAGCGACGCCAGACAAGAAGAACAAGACAGGCAGCUUGGUCUACCAGGCUGACUACCAUAUCACACUGAAGGAAAUGGCAUCGCAUCUCAAGGCCUAUUACAGAAUUGCCAGCCAGCGCCUAGCCGACCAAAUCCCGCUGGUCAUCCGCUACCUGAUGCUACAAGAGUCAGCUGCGCAGCUACAGAGGGAGAUGCUGCAGAUGCUGCAGGACAAGGAGAAUGUGGAGCUGCUGCUGAAGGAGGACUACGACAUCGGGAGCAAGAGAGCCGCUUUGCAGAGUCGCCUGAAGCGCCUGACUCAGGCACGCAGCUACCUGCUGGAGUUUUAAAUAUGUGGCCUAUAUCCCCUCCAUCAGGAGUCAAGACCAGGGGUGUCCAUUUUAAGUAAUGAAGUGCUGCAGUGUAAAUGAAGUGUUUGUGCAUUCUUUUCAAUCAACAUCCAGUAUAUGAUCUGGAUAAGCUACAAGUACUGUUAAGUAAGCACUUAAGUGUUAAAUUGCACCAAAACACAAAAAGACUGCAGUUCUUCAGCAUCGAGCCUGACACUCCUGGUAUAGACAUGUACAGCAAGAACUGUUUUGGUUAUUAACUGACUGUUAUGAAACUGCUAUUAUAAAUGAAGUGUCUUGCUAUACAUGUCUAUACAUGUAUCUUGCUGUUUUGUUUGAAGUUGACUUCUGUAUUUGCAUACUUAUUAAGGUCUUGGGGUGUACAAGUUUCAGCGUUAUAGUAUUUUGAAUUAGAUUUCCAAGCAGUUUGUCAGUUGUCAAUUGUUGCUAUUCUUUCCCCCAAAAUAAAAAAGUUUUACUUGCCAA